UUUACGGAAACACACGCACAGCGUUCUUCGCAGUGAGAGGGUUAAGACAGGAAGGAAAUGGGGAGAGACAGACACACAGAAAGAGACUGAGAGAAAGAGACAGAGGGGAAAACAGCAGAUUAGGGUCACUGGGGUUUUCCACUUAUGUAGGAUCAGACAGACAUGAGAAGUAGGUAGGGCAGAAAGAGGAGGGGAAACAUAACUGCAGUCACAGGCCGUUCAGACAGCACAAAGAAAGCAGAGAGGGAGACAGAUUGUACCUGAGUGAUGGUCUUUGAGUUGAAUUAAAUUGCUGUCAUUUCAGAGGUUAGGCACAGGCUUAGAGGAAGAGUGUACAGGAAGACGGUCAAAGAUACUUUAAAUCAAAGGUGGAGGGCUGUUAUCGAAUGGGCGACAAAUGGCUAAAUUGAAUUGCUCAAAGGUGGAGGAGUACCCCAGUUCAGAUGGGACACGAUGCUGUGAUCGCUGCGCUCCAGGACAGUACAAGCAAGCUGAGUGUGACAGCACAAAGAGGACCGUCUGUGCCAAAUGUGAAGAUCGGUUUUACACAGACACCAAAAAUCACUUGCCUAAAUGUCAACCCUGCACAAGCUGCAAUUCCAAUAACAAGCAAAAGGAAUUCAAGAAGUGUACGGCUCAGGAGGACACAGUGUGUGAGUGUGUGGCUGGUUUCUACUGUACAGAUGAUCAGUGUACCCACUGCCUGGGACUGACAAAAUGCCAUGUGGGUAAAGGGGUCAUGGUUCAAGCCACUCGCACAAAAGACACAGUCUGUGCUCCAUGUGUAAACGGGACCUACAGCAACGUAGCAGAUGACCACUCGCCCUGCCGAAUUCAUACCAGAUGUGAGGACUUUGGAAGAGUUUUGAUGACUCCAGGAACCCCAACAACUGAUGCCAUCUGUGGUGACUUCAAAUCUCAAUGUCCCUGGAUAUUACCCGCAAGCCUGUGGUCAGGACUUGUGUUGACCGCACUCAUCCUGCUCGGUAUCAUCUGCUGGAGGGCAAAACGCAAGUCAUACAAAGCAGCCCGCUCCAGUCUUCCCAUUACUCUGGUUGAAAUGGUUCCAGCAGCACAGAUCACUCAGCUGGAGCUGCCUCUACCAUUCACUGAGCUGAACAGUCACUGUCAAGAAAGCUGCGCCGUGGAGGGCUGCAAGUUACCACUUUUCACCCAAGAUGAUAAUGUGGUCAGCUGUGGCACACAAGACAGCAUUGGCAGUGUGGACAGCAGCCAUCCUAUAACUCCACUGAAGGCUUCAGUAUCAUUCGUUGAAUCCAGCCAAACUAAUGGAAGUGUCGGUUACUGCACUGCCAACUUCCUCAGGACCUACUCGGAGCCACAGGAGGACGAGUACUGUGGGACAUAAUCAAGUUAACGUUGUAACAGUAUGCUGACUGAGCACAGAGUCCCUCUCUGGCUUGGAGAUGCUGACGCUACUUUUUAAACUUUUAACUGGACCUAUUUAUACCAAAAAAACAAAAGAGAGGGUUUAUUUUUUUCUUUCAAAAAGGUUAAGGGUGGCUGACUGUUUGCUGCCCCCUGCAGGACUUUAAUAAGAAGUUCAGCCCAAGUGAUAUUCUUGUGACAUAUGUCCAAUAAAGCUGACAGCUAGAAAUAUAUUCUAAAAACACUGGUGCAGCUCAGUUUGUCCCUUUGAUGCAUAUUAGUCUUGGGGGAGAGCCUCACAAGUGAAAUCACUGUUUUUCUGCAGUUCUGUGGUGGUCUUUUAUAUAUUUCCUCAAUAAGUCAUAUCCCAUGAAAACACUAAGACCAAAAAGAAAUGUAUCCUUUUAACAAAUAUGUCUGUGCUAUCUUAGUGGUUCUUAGAUGACUAAGAGUAAAAUAUAGAGUGAAACCACACUGAAUGAGUAUGAUUAAUGGAAAAUUAACAAGAGUUUGCUGAUGCUGAUCUUUAUUUAACAAAAAAUCAGCAUGGAACCUUUCUUAUUUGUUGCUUCCCCAAUUAUUGUUAAUAACCGGUUAAAGCUUGAGAACCACUGGUGAGGUCAAAGCCUGACGCGGCUUAUUCCUGUGUGCCAGUGUGCUCUUGUUAUUUUUCAAAACUUAAAUACAUCAAUAAGCCCCACUGUUGCACUGGGUAAUGUGUUACUUCGUUACUACCAGCAUGGACAUCGCAGUUCAUCUUGCUGCUGUAAAUAUGCACUGUAAAUUUAAACUACAUUGUAGCUGAAAACAGCUCCCAACAGUACUGUAUAUACUCCUGUUUGAGAAGCAUUUGCAAAUAACUACAGCAAGUGGUAAUUUACACCUCAAUAAGAACAAAUGGGCCGAGUGCCACAGAGGCCUCUUCCCCACUACAAAAAAAAAAAAAAAUACAAACUCCCACUAACAUCUGGCCUUUGUCCUUAAUGGGAAAGGUUUCAACUGGUAUUUAUUCACAGGACAAUGCAAGUAGUCAUGGGUACCAGCUCAGUGCCAAUUUUUGCCCCUUUUCUGUUGCAAUUCAAUGAUGAGGCUCCAACAGAUAUAAGAAAAUAAGUAACUCUUACAUUUCCACUGGCCUCCAUGAUGCUUCCUACUGGUUACUAACUGAUUUUCCAGUGCAUCCUUAGAGUCAAAUGUGACACAACAGUUUUAAAAAAAGAAAAAAGAAAGGCACACGCUGAUCUGAGUGGAAAAAUGGUGCUACAGAGUAGGAAAAAAAUCUGGAAUCCAUUGUUGUUUUCGUGGGAUUUGAUGGCAAGGGGAAAAAUACAAGAUUUCCUGGCUUAUCCUCUAAUGUAAAUGAUGUCUUUUGUAAUUACAGUUUAAAGAUGAAAUAAUUUAACUUAUAUUUUUCAAAAUAAAGUUUUCUUCUAAUAUAAAUUCUGA